AUGGCCGAUUCGCCGCCGUCGUCGGACCUUAGUGACCCACCGUCAGCCGAAUCGGACAAUGAGGACCAACUCAGCACCGCAGGCCCAUCGUCGCGACCAAGCGUCGACAUUUCCCACCUCGACAUAGAGCACCUCGCACCACCUGCGAAACGGCGGAAGACGGGACCAUCGUCGCUAGGCCUCGAUCGGGCGCCCUCUUCGCAGCCGGAGCAGGACGACGACAACGAGAGCAUCUCCUCUGAUAGCUGGAGCAGUGCGCCGGGUUCGCCCAACGACGACGAGUACAACCUGCGUGACCAGGCGCAGACACAGUGUCUGUGGCGCGACUGCGAGUUCGGGCUGGCCAACAACAACGAUGACCUGGUACGACACGUGCAGGGCACGCAUUGCGCCACGGGAGGGCCUAAGAAGACCAAAUACGUCUGCGAAUGGGGCGAGUGUCAGCGCAAGACAAGCAAUCACCCCAGUGGCUACGCUCUGAAGGCACACAUGAGGAGCCACACCAAGGAGAAGCCAUACUAUUGUGCGCUGCCAGAAUGUGACAAGGCAUUUACUAGAUCAGACGCAUUAGCGAAGCACAUGCGUACUGUGCACGAGCCCGAAGCAGCUAAGGGAGGGCCAGGACACGCCCACGAGCCGACACCGCCUGGAAAGAAGAGCCUCAAGCUGAAACUGAACGGCAGCACGACAAGCAAAGCGCCUGCUGAUAUGGGCCCAACACACGACGAAGACGGCAACGAGGUCGAUCCCUCUCCUCCAAACGACAACAUCACAUAUAUGCCCGCUCACCAUCCCAUCACUGGUCAGCCAGGCUUCAUGAUACACUAUCCGCCGGAUAUACACUUCACGGCCUGGGAAAGUAGUAUAGCCGCUGAUCAGCUCAUGAGACUGCUCAGGCGACAAUUACAUUGGGCACAGAAAGAAGCCGACGACUUGAAGAAACAGGUCGAUGACCUGGAGGCACAGAAGCGGGAGGAGUGGACUUUGAAAGAGAUACUACUCGAUGGCUUCCUGGAACAGGAGCUGGCGCAGGCGGAGCGGGCCGAUAUACUGCAGAACGUCGAUCAACGCGUGAGAGAUGCGAUGGAACGCGACAUAGAGCCCGCAAAGCAAUUAGCCUGGACGGGGGGCGAGCCACAUUGGCGGCGGCCAAAUUCUCUGCCGCUUCAGCGGGAUGUUGGCAUCAAUCUGAGCACUCCCGAUCGUGCUGGUCUGCAACAUAGCACAUCGCCUCCGCCAACAGGCAUGUCUGGCGGCUUUGAUGGCGAAGCUGAUCCCUACGACAACUACAUUGCAGGUAGAAUUGCCGAGUUCGAGGCAAGGGAAAAGAUGCGUAGCAUGCAAAACACCCCAGCGGAAGUCACUCAGGAACAGCAGCAAGCCGCAGAGGCCGACGCGGUCGGUGCGUUGAUGGGCAUGAGUAACGGGCAGCAGUCGUGA